AAAAAGUCUCCGUCGCCAAACGACGUGAAAAUCGAAAUCGAUAAGUAAGCAACGGAUUUCAGGAGGCGAGAAAAGUGCUUGAAUUUGUUUGCUAGAGGUAAUGUAACGUCAUUUGAUCGGAACUCAAAUAGAAAAUAAAAAUCGUAGAAAGACCUGAUUAAAAUAGACAAAGCCCCAAGAUGCAGCCGCCGCCGCGUAAGGGAAACUAUGUGAAGUUCCUCAAGAACUUGCACACGGAACAGGUGGCCAAGCUGCAGCUGAAGAACCAGCAUGAGUGCGACCUGUUGGAGGAUAUCCGCCAGUUCACCAUCAAGCGCUCGGCCAUCGAGAAGUCGUACAGUGAGGCCUUGCUAAAGAUCUCAUCGCAGUAUCUGAACAAGAAGAUACCCAAUAUACCGGAUAUUAAAAUGGAUGGAAUCGAAGAGCGCUGGAAUAUGUGGAGCGUUUGGCGCACUGUUCUAGAGGAGAAUGAGAAGCUGGCCCGAGCCCGCUUGGCCGCCAUCGAGGUGUUCCAACAGCAGAUUGCCGAUGAGGCCAAGGUCCUUCGGGACUACAAGUUGGCCAUAGCAAAGCGUUCGCUCUCCGGCAUUGUCAAUGUGCAAAAGGAACUCCAUUUGAGUGUAGGCGAUGUGGACAAAACCAAAAAGUCUUACUUUGACGAGGAGCACUGUGCCCACGACGUGCGGGAUAAGGCUCGCGAUAUUGAGGAGAAGCUGAAGAAGAAGAAAGGAUCCUUCUUUCAGUCAAUCACCUCGCUGCAGAAGAACAGCGCCCGGGUCACGUCCCGCAAGGAGUUGCUAGAGGAGAAGUCCUCCGGCGCCAGGAACGACUAUGUACUCAGUCUGGCAGCAGCCAAUGCUCAUCAGAAUCGUUACUUUACGGUCGAUCUGCAGACCACGAUGACAACGAUGGAGAACUAUGUUUUUGAAAGGGUAGCCGAGUACCUGAUGCUAAUGGGACGCACAGAGCUGCUGACCUGCUCGGCCACCCAGAACAGCUUCGGCAAGAUCCGCGAUCAGGCCCAACAGCUCACCCGGGAGUACAACCUGCAGUGCUGCUACCUGUUCUAUCCGGUGCUGAAGCAGCACAUCCAGUACGACUUCGAGGCGUGCGACAAUGAUCCGGUGCGCAAGGUGACCGCGGAGCACGAGUCCGCCGCCGAGACACUGACCAAGGAAGCCAAGAAUCUGGCCGGUAGAGUGGUAAAGGAGAACGCCUCGAUCCGAGAGAAUGCCAAGAAGCUGGCCCUGUGUCAGUCACUGCGGGACUCUGGGCAACGCAGCGAUCCCAAUGAUCCGAAUGGACCGGACUUGGACACGAAGAUCGAAGAGUUCCGGGAUCAGAUUCGCCGUUCGGAGACGGAGAAGGCCAAGGCGGAGGCUUGUCUGCAGUGCCUGCGCGAUGGUGGCAUCAACGUGGACGAGUGGGUGCAGGAGGCAGAGAUUAUGGGCGUCCAAGAGCUCACUCGCUCGGCCAGUUCCAUUUCGAUGCGCACAGAUGCCUCCGGGCAGGGCGAGAAUCCCAGCUCCGAUUCCUUUUAUGACAGCGACAAGGAGGAGACUCAGGCUCAGGCCUCGGCCCAGGCCAAGCCCAAAGCGGAGCAGCAGCUUUCCCGGGAUCGCACUUUCAGCGACAGCGACGACGAGCCCGAGGAGCGUCCAUCGGCAUCGGCGGCGGCAGCAUCUUCCAGCUCGGCCGCAGCAGCGGCUGCCUCGUCAGCGGCAAUGGCCACCGGAGGCGGGGGCUGGGACGAUCCCACCGAAGUUAACUGGGGGGCCGAGGAGGAGGAGGACAAGGACGAACCGAUUGUACCGGAGCCCAAGGAGGCCAUCUUCAAGUGUACUGCGCUCUACAGCUAUACGGCCCAAAAUCCCGAUGAGCUCACCAUCGUCGAAAACGAACAGCUCGAGGUGGUCGGCGAGGGCGAUGGCGACGGCUGGCUGAGGGCUCGCAACUACCGCGGUGAGGAGGGCUACGUGCCGCACAACUAUCUGGACAUCGAUCAGGAGACCGCAGGCAGCGCCUUUAAUGGUACUUCCGGCAAUCAAUUGCGCUCUCAAAUUUCAUUCUCAUCUGUCGAUUAUACUGUUGACAAUGAAGAUCAGACGGUGGACUCGAUGCAAUCGCCCGACCAGGUAUCGGUCAUCAUGGCGCCCCAGAAGCGUGUCAAGUCGGAUGUGGAAUGGUGCAUUGCGCUCUACGACUACGAUGCCACCGCCGAGGAUGAGCUGACCUUCGAGGAGGGCGACAAGAUCAAGAUCGUGACCAAGACCGCCCACGGUGUAGACGAUGGCUGGUGGGAGGGCGAACUGGAUGGCAAGUUUGGCAACUUCCCAUCACUGGUCGUCGAGGAGUGUGACGAGAUGGGUGAACCGCUGAGCGAGGGUGGCGAUGAGUCGCCUCCACCCACAGCGGCGCCCAGUUUUGCACUGCCACCGGCACCGGCACUGCCGCCAGAGUAUGCCCAUGAGUUGGAGCUGGAGCUUACCGAGGAUAUGUUUGGAUCACAGGAUACGGCAGAUGAGGAUAGCGGCUACAUACCGAACGGCGCUGCAGCACCGAGCAUGCCUCCGCCAGGCCAGAACCAAAGCCAAACCACUGCCAAGAAGGUACUCAUCCAAGAGCCUGGCAUGGAGGACGAUCUCAGUGACGAUGGGCAGCCGCCACCAUCGUUGCCGCCGCCCCAAUUGCCAAAAGCGGGCGGACCCGGACCGGGAUCGGGUGAGAAGGGCGCUAAGGGGGCGGCGGCCAGCGCCAACACGCUAAACUUAGGUAUGGCACAAAUAAUUGUUACCGCUGCAACCCCCAUGGUUGAAGACGGUGCCGAUAAAUCUUUCCCACCAGUAGGAGAGAGCGAUGCUGCUCAGCCGGAUCAGCCGUCCAACAACAAGGAGGAGUCGCCAUCGGAGGCUGCCAAGAAGCCAGAUAUUGCGCCCAAGCCGCAGGGCAAGGUGCCGCCGCAGGCACCAGCUGCUGCUGCUGCGGCCAAAGAAGGUAAUCCGGCUGUGGGUAGGCCCGUGGUGAGCAUAACACUGACCGAGUAUCCAUCCUGUGAUGCAGAGGACCAGCAGUCCUUCUCGGAGGGCACGGACUCAGCCUCGGCUGCCGAUGUACCAGCGUUGCAGGAGGUCGAGGAUCCGUUCAACGAGAAGGCCAAGGGCGAUUCCGGCGGCGGAGAUGGAUUUGAGGCCAACUUUGAGGCCAAUUUUGAUGCCAACUUUGAUGACGCCUUCGCUGGCAGCGGAGCAGGAUCGGGCGGCGGUGGGGGUGGUAGAUCAGGCGGCGAGCAGUCGAGCGAUCUAGAUGUGAAUGGAGAGGCGGCAGGAGAAUCGAGAUCCGGUAACGGCGAUGAGGAUAUUGAGGCACCCAAGCAGGUGGUCGGUGGGCGAGCUAGCAUACCCGAGGAAUUGGACUCAAAUCAAUUGGCACACGACCAUGAGCAUGAUAUAUACUCGUACUAUAUAGACUAUAGCCACGGACAGUUGUAGAGCGGAUCAGCGGAACACCACAGCCACCACCACCACCAACCUACAACAGUCCUACAACAACACCUUGAAAGAAUUUUGAUCUCAAAAAACACACACAAACACCUCCCAAAGACCUCCUACACCAUAUAUCCAAAACAAGAUCGGUUGAACGUCUCCAGCUCCAAGUUUUUACAUAGAGCAGGGGUGCCCAUGAAGAACAUUAGGAGCAGAUCUCACAGAAGUCUCAAAGUUUCAGCCUUGAGUUGGGGAUUUCGACUGUAUAGCAGAUAAAGCCUGACUCAGACGGACUAGAAUCGGGCAGCGAUAAUAAAUAUUGAUAAAUUCCACACCUAGUCUAUUCUAUAGAGUCGCUGCCCGGUGCCACAUACAACGACACAAUAGCAGGUCAAGAUAAACCAAUAGAGUAUAUACACAUGUAACUUAUAUAUUAUUAUCAGGUCGAGAUCCAAACCUCUCCCAAAAUUCACGUGCAGCGCUCAAAUUGUGUACAUCCAUUUGAAUACUUCUUCUGACUGCCUCUGGGGCUAUAGUUAGACAUCAACUGGGCCUUCAUAAACAAAACCACCAUACGAUAUAUAUACUAUAUAAAUAUAUACAUAAUUAUGUUAGUUUGUAAUGUGUUAACCCUGACGACACGUAUGGAAUAUAUACACUGAUGAUAUAUAUAUAUUAUAAUUGAAAUAUUGUAACGUUUUGAAAGGCAAUUACACUUGUAGCACUCAGACACGGGUCUUCGAAUAUCAGCAGCAUCCGCAAAACUAAUCGAGCAAUAAUAAAUAUGUAUAUAUAUCUAAGUAAACUAGAGAGAGACCGUUCAGCAGCCUUAAGUUCGCUUGAUCUAACCAAACGCAUAUUAUUAGCCACGUGAAACCAACAACAGCCAAUCAAUCAAUGAAUGAAGUUUCGAGUCAAUUCAGUUGGUUUUGUUUCGAUUCGGAUCGCCCCCUACUUAGUCCUAGGAUCUCUGCACAUUAUAUAGUAAAUAUUAAUCGAAGCCGUAAAAGAAUAUGUACUCGGGAGGAGAGGAUGUCAUGUAUUGUUGUAAUUGUGUGUGCAAAACACUAGCCUAAUUAGUUAAAUGUUUUCCGUGUCUAGUUAAAAAUGGUCUAAGUUAAUGUUGGAUGCCAGAAAGAAGAUAUUUGAAAUUAGAGAAGAAAAGGCCUACUCACCACGAGACUGUGCUUGCGAUACUCGUAUAAUAUAUUAAAAUUCAUAGCUCACCACAAUCGGAUAACUCUUCAUAUUCACAUAACCGAUAUGAUAUAUUAUACAGUGCAUUGAUAUAGAAAUGAAAACUGAAGCAAAACGAUCCUAAUUAAGUCGCAAACUGAAUUGUAAUUGUAAUUUUUGCCCCCAGUGAGUUAAUCAAAGUUUUAUGUCAUAGUUUGAAAAAAAAACAACCUUCUGUUCAAACAACUAACAAAUAAAAUUUCCACUUUAAAGCAAGAGAAA